UUAACUCAAAGGACUUUGACCCAACCCCCCAGUCCCAAAUUUCACCCACUCCCAUCAGGUCACCCUUCAACCCCAUCAACAUAAAAACAACUGUUACAUGUUUCCCCUGGCUAUCUCUCACUUUUUUGUCUUUGAACAUGGUGCAGUAUGUAGGUGGACUGAAGUAUAUUUUUACGCCUUAAGUCAGCAGUGCAUCCUGAGACAUCAACCCACCAUCUGAAAAUAACUUUUCUCUGUAAUCGUGCAAAGAUAAGGUUCUCAGAAGAGUGUCUGACAGGAACAAAUCUAUGUUGGUAAUUUCCUGAUAAUUCUGGGCGUCAUUUAAUGAUUUUUUAACAGCAUUUACAGCCACUUUUUUAGAAGGAGACUGAAGGAGAAUGAAUAAAACCGCUUGUCCUCAUAUCAGCUUUGACUUUACAGGCAGAUUUCUACCUCCUGUUUACUUAUUAGUUUUCAUCGUUGGUCUGAUAGUCAAUGGAUGGGGACUAAAGUCUCUGUUGGACAACUGGAGGAAACUGAAGAUCAUCAAUGUGUUUGUUCUCAACCUUGGACUUACAGAUGCUUUGUACCUGCUCACACUCCCAUUUUUGGUGGUGUACUACUUCAUGGGGAGUAAAUGGAUCUUUGGAGAAACAUUCUGCAAGAUAACAAGAUUCUGCUUCAAUGUGAAUCUAUACGGCAGCAUUGGAUUCCUGACUUGUAUAAGUGUGUACAGAUACCUGGCCAUUGUUCAUCCAGUGAAAGUGAUUGGAAGAUUAACUUUCACCCGUUCUGUGAUGAUCUCGGUCAUGGUCUGGCUGUUGGUGAGUGUUCAAAGUCUUCCAGACAUGUUCUUCACCAAAACACAUAGAAACAACACUGAAAAAUGCUUUGUUACCACGCAUAACGACCACGUUGAGGAUUACCUGAAAUACAGUCUUGGAUGGACCCUCACUGGCUUUUGUAUCCCGUUCCUCAUCACACUGGGCUGCUACGGACACGUGGCUGUAGUUUUAUGGACAUGGAAGAGGAAUGAUAAGGUACUGAAACAGAGAAGCUUGAAGUUGAUGUUCAUCUUGAUUCUUCUCUUCUCUGUCUGUUACAUCCCCUAUCAUGUACUCAGAAACCUCGACCUCUGGUCAAGAGUUCUUACCAAACAGGGGAUAUGUUAUAAAUGGUAUAACGGAGUCUACAUUGCUCGUCAGAUAAGCCGGGGCCUUGUGUGUCUGAACAGUGUUCUCAACCCUCUGGUUUACCUCUAUGCACAUGAAGACGUUCCUGCUCAGCUCAGACAGAAGCUCCAGAAAGUUUGUCAGAUGUUAAUCCAUCAGUUUUUGUCAAACCCCAGCAGAAGGCCUUCUGCACCGACUGUAGACGAACUGUAA